AUGCCCAUUUCUCUUCCGUCCGACGUUCUCGGAGAGGUCUUUGCAUGGUAUGGUCUCUCCGAGGAUCUAUACCAUCCAUUGGAGACGCUUCUCCUCGUCUCUCGAUCCUGGCACGACACGGCGCUGCUCAACAGAGGUAUCUGGGCCCGCUUCAACAUUGAAGUCGGGCAUCUCAAGUCGAUGGAUAUAUGGAAAACGCGACUUCAGCGGCGUCUGGACCGCAUAGGGCCGACAACGUUACUGGACAUUCGCAUUCGUAACGUCUGCAGUAUCCCGAAUCACCCUUGCGCCUCAGAAUAUCUCAACGAGAACGUCCUCAAAGGAAACGAACGGUCAUCAGCAGUCAUUCUCAAUGCCUGUUCAGUCCGAUACUUUAUGAUUGAGAUUCUCAAAGAUUUCAAUGGCCAUAAAGGAUCGUUAGCCAAGAGGUGGCGUUCACUCCAUCUAUGUUUCGGUAACCAAGAAUGGAUCUAUAAACACGCUGGAUGGGUGGAUCACUUAGGCUUCGCAUUAGAUGCACUCUUUUACCCGACCCCGGCACUCGAAACCCUCACAUUUGGAUAUCUCAAUCCAAGUGGCGACAGUCGACGAAAAAAUCCCUUUCUACCCUUCUCGCCAAACCUUCGGACGUGUACUCUCUCCAAUUACCCUUUUUCGUCCUACCCCGACAUGUCCGCCGCGCGAGAAGUCACCAUCAUUCGCACUGUACACCAGGGCAGACAUACGAAGCAUCCCAUGAUCCCACUCGGCAAUGCCGUUGAGAAACUCGUUCUCGGUUUGACGGCUAAUGACGGGUGCACGUUGCCAGCCUCUUUACCGCGACUCAGGAAUGUAGAGAUUGGCAGAGAUGGACUGUGGUGUAAUCUCGACAGCGUACAAGCGCCUCUUUUGUCCCAGGUGACGCUACGGAUACAGGGCCGCCGCUUCCUUUUCACCAUCUUUUCCCGUGUCUCUUUCCUCUCCACCGUCACACACUUGACCAUCCUCGACGAGGUAUCAGCGCUCACCAUAGACACCCACAAAUUUACCCUCUGCCUCAUCCUACAAUCGAUACUGUCUCUCGUUCACCUAGAGGCCGACAAAUCCGCGUUGGAAGGGAUACUGGGACUCGUAAGGGAUUCCAGAGAUGGUUCUAUGAACCCUGGCGGGACUAUUGGCAAAGUCGACCCUACCGACUGUCCUUUUUCAUGCCGACGCGUCUGCGUCUCGUGUGUAGAAAAACGGGGAGAUGCAGAGAUUUCAUCUGACAUGGAUUCUUGGACGGCAUUCUUUCGAAUUUUGCGUACCUCGACCAUGUAUACCCAGAACCCUGAUAUUGCGGACAUGAUUGAAGGCUUGGAGCGUCCGCAGUAG